UUUUAUUUUUGAUAUUCAUGAGAUUUUUGAUUCUUCGUUUUCCAUUCUUCCACUUUCCUGCUUCUUCGAUGGCGGGGGGGAGGCGAGCAGCUGAGGAGUCAAGAUUGCAUUAGCCUGGUCCAAUCAUGUCGUACGAAGAGCAAAUCCCCGACAGCGAGAAGGUCAAGAUUGCCUCCUCAUUCAUCCUCGCUGCCCCGGCUGGCGAGUUCAACGAAGUCUUCAACGACGUCCGUGUCCUGCUCAGUAACGACGAUCUCCUUAAGCGCGGUGCUGCCAACGCGUUCAGCCAAUACAACAAGGACCAGUUCACCCCCGUCGACGUUCCCGGCGCUUCCCACAAGACCCUGAUCACUAAGCACAACGAAGUCCAAGAAGGCACCUUCUUCGAUCCCCGAUCUGGCCAGACCUUCUCUUUCGACCACCUUCGCCGUGAGGCCGACAACGCUCAACCCGGCCAGAAGGAUGCUGCCGAGACCCUCCGCAACGCCAUCGACAACGCAAUCCGCAAGUACACCGAGAACCACUACCCCGACGGCGUCUCUGCCGUGUUCGCCUCGACCAGCGGCGGCCAAGUCACCCUUGCCAUCUGCAUUGAGGACCACAAGUUCAACCCCAACAACUUCUGGAACGGCCGCUGGCGUUCCGAGUGGACUGCCACGUUUGCCUCGUCGGGCGGUCCGGCCACCCUGAACGGCGCCCUCAAGGUCCAAGUGCACUACUACGAAGACGGCAACGUCCAACUCCAGACCAACAAGGAUGUUUCCGAGCCCAUUACCAUUGGCAACCCCGAGUCGGCUGCCUCAGCAAUUAUCGCCGUCAUCGAGAAGGCCGAGAACGAGUACCAGACUGCCAUUUCUGAAAACUACUCUGUCAUGUCCGACACCACUUUCAAGGCGCUCCGUCGUGUGCUUCCCGUCACUCGCAGCAAGAUUGAGUGGGGCAAGAUGUUCAGCUAUAAGGUCGGCGCUGAGCUGCACAAGUAAAAGUUGUCGUGCAGACAAGUGCUGGUCAUUGCUUUUUAUCUUGUUGUUUUGCUCUUCUUGUUGAGGCGGCCCGGUCUCUCGUUUUGUUUUUUUCGAGCAGUGUGUGUGUGUCGCUUCCAUGUUGACAUGACGGCUGUGCUCAACAGGGAUCCGGAGGCCUUUCCUUGUUUUUUUUUCUUCUUCUUUUUUUCCUUUUUUUCAUCUCUCUGUCUGCUCUGCUCGGAGCUGUCCGAUUGAGUGUCUGUGUGAAUUUCUUCCUCUAUGUUUGAUUUCUUUUUUUUUCUUCCGUCGCUGGUUGUUAUGUGUCUUGUUGAACCAAAUGAAAAUGAUAACCUUACCACAA